CGCUGUAGAAGAAGAAGGCGGAAGUGGGCGUGGUUUUAGCCGCCUUGUCGGGGUGUGUGUGUGUUAAACAGCAGCAUGGCGCUGAACGCAGAUGAGGAGGAUUUUGAGUGGGAGCCCCCGAGCGAGGCUGAGAUGAAGGUGUUUCAGGCUCGUCGUGAGCGUCAGGAUAAAAUCAGUAAACUGAUGGGAGAUUAUUUACUGAAGGGCUACAAGAUGCUGAGCGACUGCUGCGACACCUGUGGGACGAUUCUGCUGCAGGAUAAGCAGAAGAAGAAUUACUGUGUGGCCUGUCAGGAGCUCGACUCGGACAUCGAUAAGGACAACCCUGCUCUGAACGCUCAGGCAGCUCUGUCUCAGGUACGAGAGCGACGACUCGCCAACCAUCACCCCCUCAACGCUGAUGAAACCACGCCCACUGCUGCAGAAGCCCCGCCCAGUAGCAGACCUGAGCACUGCGAAGGAGCGGCGUCUGGUCUCCGAGCCCUGCCUCCUCCUCUUCCUCCCCCACAGCCCCGCCCCCUUCCUGCUCCUUCCCCCCCCACACUGCAGAACCCGAGUGGCCUUUCCAGCACUGUUGCUCUUCCUCAUCGUCCUCCUCCUCCUCCUCAUUGCCAGGUCGCUGUUGACGCACAGGACGUCGUGCUCCAGAAGCUGCGCUGGGCCACGCAGGAGCUACAGACGACCGCCUCACUGGAGUCCUCCGUGCAGCUCUGCGGUCUGAUCCGUGCCUGCGCAGACACACUGCAGAGCCUUAAACACCUGCAGCACUGAAACUGUACUGCCACGUGCUUCUGGGUUGGGAUUAGUCACUGCACUGAGCUGCAGCAGUCCCGAGCUCUCAGCUUGAAGACCUGAGGCCAAUCACAUGUUAAAGUCAAGAUCAUGUGACCACUCUAAUGGUGUGCGUGUGUGUGUGUGUGUGUGUAAAUGUGACUUCUGUUACAUGUUCAUACACACUGGUGUUUCAGUGAUGACAAACUCAGUCUCUGAGCGAAUGAUCAAGUAAGCAGCAGGGUGUGGACCACAAGGAAACUUCAGCUCACACACUCACACAGAGUGCUGUACACAAUACAGUCUUUAUUCCACUUUAAUUCACUUCAUAAACAUUUAACAGUGUUGCUAAAGCUGUCUCACAUUCUUUCGCAAUUUUCAUCCAUAUAUUUACAUUUCUGUUAUUUUAUAUUUGUAUUUAUUUACUAUUUAUCGCUUUUGCUUCAUUUCAACACUCUACACACACAUCUCUGCUGUCGACAGUAAAGUGUUCUACACUGUCCCCAGGUUCAACAAAGGAACUGAGCUGAAUGUUAUUUUUAAGUAUUACUACACUUUAAAGCACUGAAACUGUGUGUGUUAUUUUAUUUUAUUUUUUAUCUGUGUGUGAUAUAGAGCUCCAUAAUCCACUUUCAUUAACAGAUAAUCUGCACAAGUGUUCAGGCCCCAAUAACACACACAAACACACACACUCCUUGUCCACCUUCAGCUGUUACUGUCCAUCUGUCUGUCCACCUAAAAUAAGUGCACUGUGAGGCGGAAACCCCCUACACCUCCUAAAAUACACACACACACACAUACACUGUCACGUGUGUAGAGUUUACAGAUUUAAACUUUAAUCACUGUUUCCUGUAGUUCACCAUAGUGACAUCUGCAAUAAUGCUGAUGAGGACAUCACACACCACCACACUGCAUUACACACACAUGUAUCAUAUCCCGGGAAUUACUAUAUCAUUACACACCCAUUUGAGUCACACACACACACACACAGCUGGUUAAUAAGAAAAUAACAUGCUGCCGUUGUUAAACAUGUUUUUUUUUGUCCAAACAUGUUUUUGUUAACAAAACUAAUUGCUGUUAUGAUUCUGUUGUUAUGACACACACACACACACACACACAGUGUAAUGAUGGGAAAAGUGAUGCGAAUAAAAAUGUUAA